AUGCCUUCCAGAACCAGGCCUCGCGUGGCCAUGUACAACACUCCAGCCAUUCGCACAGGCGGCUUCGGUGCUCUCCAACUCGAAGCAGUAACAAACCGUCCUCUCUCCAUCGCCCGUCGCCAUCUCGCCGCCAGCCAGUUGCGCAUGCGCGACAUCGAACCCCAUGAACUGAGCUCCAGCGAAUGGGUCCGUUUCCUUGCCAUGGAAGACCACGAGCGCGACCGCUUCAUCUCUGACUUCACUCGUCGACGCCGUGGCUCCUCGAGCUCAUCGUCCGAAGAAGAAACGAUUCCAUACGACCGCCAGCUCGCAUACGAUAAGGCAGAAGAGGCACGGCUCGAAGCUGAAGAAGCGAGGAGACAAUCACCCGGUCCUGUGUCUCCCACCCCACGACCUACCAUGAUGGCUUCGAGGGGCUCGACGCCGUUCGUGAGUCUCUGGGCGAGGAACUUCGACGAGAUUGAGAGGAACGAGAGGACGGAUACCGGGCCUAGCGAUUAUACCGCCAGAAGGCCGAUGCAUACUCGCAGGGCCGUGGAUGUCCCUGAGGCUGCGCCUCCAUCGUACGAUGUUGCAGUGAGGUCAGGAUCGCCUCCGCCAGCUUAUGAGCCAAGAUCUGAUGACGAGGGCGAGGGAAGCAGUGGAGGAAGGAGGGAGAGGAUAAGGAGGUGGAGCAGUCAGUAUUUACUGAAUCGGAUCUGA